GUACACACUGUUUACUGCGCAGGUUCAGAACAGCUGUUUAGCUUAGCUGCCGUGCGGUCUGUGGGCGUCGCAGCUACAGCCUACACACGCCUACAGCUACUGAAAACCAAAGGAACAACUUCGCCUCGCCAGUCGCGAGUCGCGAAUCGCAACGUCCAAGAGUAGAGAAAAUAAACAAGAAAAAACUUAUUAAGAAUAGAGCAAACGCCAUGUUUCCCUAUUUGCGGAGUCAACGCGUCAAUUUGCAGCUGCUGCAGGAGCAAGCCUCUCGCGAGCUGGUGCAGCAGCUGGAGGCCAUCGAGGGCACCAAGGUCAUUGUGUUGGACGAGGCAAUGAUUGGGCCGCUGGACUUGGUUGUUACACCGGAGCUAAUUACGGAGCGCGGCAUUAUGCUGCGCCCGUUGAAGCCCGAAUUGCGUGUACCCAAAGAGAUGCGCAACGUCAUCUACAUUGUGCGGCCACAGGUGUUGGUCAUGGAUCAGCUGAUCGCGCACAUGAAGGGCAAUGUCCAGCAGGGUCGUCAGUUUCAUAUCUUCUUUGUUCCCCGGCGCUCCUGCUUGUGCAUCAAGCAGCUGGAGAACAAGGAGGUAAUUGGCGAAUUUAGUCGUUUGGAGGAGCUAACCUGGAACUUUCUACCGCUGGACUCGGACGUGGUCAGCAUGGAAAUGCCGCAUGCGUAUCGCGAUGUCAGCAUCGAUGGCAACACCACAUCGCUAUACCAGUUGGCCAUUGGGCUGGUGCAGCUGCAGCGUCUAUAUGGCCGCAUACCGAAGAUCUAUGGCAAAGGCGUGCUGGCCCAGCAGGUCUGGCAUCAUGCCAAGCAGCUGGCCAUUGACGAGAAGUCGCUCUACAAUGGCGACAAGGGCGCAAUCGAUCAGCUCAUCUUGUUGGAUCGUGGCAUCGAUCUGCUCACACCGUUGGCCACACAGCUGACCUACGAGGGCCUCAUCGAUGAGUUCUUUGGGAUACGGCAGAAUAAGCUAAAACUGCCGGCUGAGCAUUUUCCAUCUGAUGCAGCAGCCGCUGUCGGCGCCAGCAGCACCGAUCCGGCACCCAUCCCGGACGAGCGGAAACGCCUUAUGGGCGACAUUGGGCGACACAAGACCAUCAUGCUCCAUUCUGGCAAUCAGCUGUACGCCGAGCUGCGCAACAAGAAUUUUAAUGAGGUGCGCAUUCUGUUGGCCCGCAAGGUGAAGGACAUCCAAAGGCAGAUGAAUGUCAAGGAGCGUUCGGUGGAGGAGAUUAGGAUCUUUGUGGAAACUAUGCAACAGGUAUUGAAUGAAAAGAAUGCAACAUCUGAGCAUACGGCCAUCGCUGGACUCAUCGACGAACAGCUGAGCCUUUAUUCGUUCAACGAUGAUCUGGCCGCCGAGCAGGAGUUCAUGAUCUGUGCGGACAUUGACAAGGCCAGCGCCUAUAUUGAGGAUCAGAUCGCACGCCGAGCCGAGCUGCGCAAUGUAUUGCGUCUAAUCUGUUUGCAGUGUGCGGCCGCUUCCGGUUUUAAGGAGCCUGUCCUCAGUUAUUACAAGCGCGAGCUGGCCCACGUCUACGGGCUGGAGGUGCUGCUCACGAUCAGCAAUCUGGAGAAAGCCGGCCUCCUACGCAUCCGAACCGAGUCGCGUGCAUACGCCGUGUUGCGCAAGACCCUACAUCUCACCGUCGAUGACAGCGUCGAGAUCAAUCCGAAGGACAUUAGCUAUGUGCACAGCUUCUAUGCACCGCUCACCGCACGUCUAGUCGAGCACUCGCUCAAGCCGCUCGGUUGGCAGACUCUCAAGAGCCAGAUCAACAAUUUGCCAGGUCCCACAUUCGAGGAUUUUCAGGUGCAAUUGAUUGGCAUCGGUGGUCGUCAUGGCGCUGGUGCCACGCCCAACGAGUCAUCACUGUUGGACGCCAGACGCGUGGUGCUCGUUUGCUUUGUGGGCGGCUGCACAUUUUCGGAAAUUGCCGCACUGCGCUUCCUGGCCGAACAGGAGGACAAUAAUGUGGAAUUCGUAAUUGCCACCACAAAGAUAAUCAACAAGCAUACAUUCCUCGACAGCUUGAUGGGCUUCUGAAGGCAGCGCCUGAGCCGCUUGGAGGCACACCGUCUAUCCAUCGGCUGCGGCUUGACGCGCGGACGUAACGCCUCCAUCCCAUUGAGGCCAUGACCAAAGCAUCGCCACCAGCCGAACCAGCAGUGCAGCAUUCUCUUUAGAUCGGAGCAGCCGCCGCCCAAGCAACCAAAUUAGAAAAGUUAAUAUCUUAUCCACAACUACAUAUAUAUAUGCAGAGUUUAUGAAUGUUAUUUUUCUACACACACACACAAACACACAGACACACACACACACACACAGAACAGAACAGAUUUGUAAACCUUUCGAGUAUCUUAGAAUAUGCCUGCAUAUAAUAACCGUUAAUGUAUUUAUGUAUACCCAUAUAUAUCUUUUAUAUGUGUACAGUUUGUAAGUGCAAAAGCUUUUGAAAUCCUUUAUAUGUCAACUAUAUACAUAUAUAUGUAUGUAUAUAUAUAUAUAUAUAUAUGUAUAUAUAUGGAUAUAUAUAUGCGUAUGUAGUUGAAAAAACAAAAUACAAAGUUUUGAGAAAUCCUAAAUAUCCAAGGCUCAACCUAUUGAUGUUACGCAUGUUUACACACAUAUACAUACAUAUAUAUACCUAAAAAUAUUUAUAUAUACAAUUAUAUCUACAUAUAUAUACACGACAUGAAAGAAUUGUAAUUGCAAAAUAUAUUUGCAUUGGGGCAGGCAGAAAAUUGAUCGAACUACAUUCCGCGAAUCCGAAACUAAGCGCGUACAUCUAUUCUAAUUAUUAUAAAUAUAUAUAUACAUAUAUGUAUACAACGUAUAUGAGUACAUACAUAUGUAUGUAUGUCGAUAUAGUUUUUGACGGAUUAUUGUUGGACCUGCAUAUUGUUGGUGUGAAAAGUGAAUGGCUACAUAUGUACAUAUGUAUGUACAUCUAUACAGCUACAACUUUAUUGAGU